AUGUUUUCCGCAUCUAUUCUACUUUCCAUGGGCACAUGGGCAACGGUUGUCCUCCAAGCAACGGCCGUCCCCUACGGCCCCUUCUCCAACAAAAGUAUCCGAGACAACAGUGAUGACCCCUGCGGUCCAGUCGGAGAGUUCACAAAAAAUCCUACCAUUGAGAAAUGGACCAAGGCUAAGACGGACGACUGGCUUAAUGACUGGUGGACCGAGAACGCCGACAAACGGACAAGCAAUGCACACGGAUUCGCCGGUGCUUUCGGCCAAUACGCACUAGGCCAGCCUGGCUGGUCGUGCCAGAAUAACGGCAACGACGCCAACUGCGAUAUCCCGGUCUGCAAUAACCCCAAGAUUAACGCCCUAGGCAAGAGUACCGAGGAAACGUACUAUGUUCUGCAGGCGCUCAAUAACCUCCACGGCUUCUUCUUGGGCCUGGAGCAAUCGUUCAAUAUCGCUGCCGUCGUUGCGGCCCUCGACAACGAUGAGAUCGUGAAUAACUUCUGGCAUGAUGAGAAUGCGUGGGAUCCAACGGUCCUAAAGGAGAUCAUGAAUGCAAUCGCCACCGUGCUUGGUGUCGCCGUUACCGGUUUAGGUGCGCCUGCUCUUUCGUCCAUGAUGGAGGGUACUCUUGUACCCGUCAUCGCGGGAGCAGCCUCGGGCAUGUUUAGCGGUGGAGUUGGUGCAGCCACUCUAGCUAUUUCUUCAACAGACACGUCUGAUAUCACACAGGCCAAUCUCGGCCAUAUUAUGGCGCAGGCGGUGACUGAUAUCGCAGGCUCAUUCAUUAGUACCAACAACGAGCUGAUGCUCGGACACGGCUACGGAAACUCUGGUGGCGAUAUCCGCAAUUACCUCCAAGGCGGAGCGUGGGUCAACUACCCGGGACUGCAGAAGAACGGAGCUCGGGCUUCCAUGAUCGCCAUCAUGCAGUCGAUGAUGAUCAACUCUCUAUGGCGUAUGCAGCGUGUGUUUAUUCUCGGUGGUGGCGACUGCGGCGAUGGCCAGGAUAUCGGCCGAGGUAUUGCAGACUCCGGCGACAAUGUUAUCUGCGAUGAGAACAACCACGCCUGGUAUCUGUACUACUGGCAGAGGCAGAAGGUCGCAUCGUCGAAGCAUGAUGGAUGGGUUGCUCGGCCCUGGGGAUCAGAUCGCAUGGGCGCAUCUCCUCUGUACGAGAAGGAUGGCGGCGCCGGGCCAUUCUGGAAGAAUCUCAACCCAUUGGACGCCAUCAAGUCCUCUCUCAAGUCCUUCCAGGCUGCUGGCAACAACUACAGCGUGUCGACUUUUACCAGUCGUAUGGGCGACAUCUUCGCUUCCGGUGCUAACGUUUACUCGGAGGGUGCGAGCAUGGAAGGUCUCUGGACUAUCCCUGUGUGUGAUAUUGGUAAAACUAUCAACAACCCUGACUAUAUUUACUCGAAGAAGGGGGAUAUCCUCCACCCGUACGGGUUUGAUGAACGCCCAUACUGGUGCGGACCAAUCUGUGAAAUGGACAAGGACAAGACGAUAGAAUUUUACAAGGCGGCCAACUUCAAGGAUGACUUUGAGAAGCCGUUCCUGGCGGGAUGUGAUGCUUGGAUCAUGGAGGGGGAUGGGGCUAACGGUGUUUAUUGGGAUUGGACUACCAAUAAGGAGUACACGCGUCAUCAGUCUAACUGA